CGGUUAUCGUCCUCGACCGACACAAGCUAGCUGAGGUAGAAGGAGCAGAGGCCGGCGAACUAAAUUUAGGUGUUGCGAAUCUCGACUCUUUCUCAAUUGAAUCGUUGUAGAGAGUCUCGUUCAAAGUGGCCGGAAAAAUGACGGAUCCCGAUGAGACAUCGCGCGAGAUCAACCUGAGAACUUCGAGUAUCGUGCGCAUCGCAUAUCAUCAAUUGAGCGUCAUGUGCGGCACGCACGAUCCCACUUUGCCGACGAAUGUCGCCGCGGAAGCGAAUGCACGCAAUAUGACGUGCACGCGUCGGUUGUUGGCGUUACCAGUGUUUGCCUCCGUGUCCUCGGCUCUUCGCAACGCUUACGUAAUUACGAAGAAUUCACACGAGUCGAUCGCGGCGAUAUUAAGCAGUGCGGAGGAUGGGGUGCGCGCGGGAUGCGAAUUUACGAGCCCCGUGACCGGCAAGAUCGCCGAUGUUUUGGAAACGCCAUUUAAAACGAUAGACAACGCGGUGUGCGUCGGGUUGGACUUUGUGGAGGAGAAGAUACCCUCCGUGAAGCUGCCGCCCGAUCAGAUUUAUGCGAGCAUGAAGGAUGGCGUCAGGAAUAUGUUUACAUCAGCAUUAGAAAUGUUGAGAUUUUUAUUCGGUGGAACAAAGAAUCAAAUAGAAGACUUGUCAGUUGCAAACAAGACUAUACAAGAAGAAAUCCGAAAAGUAUCUAGUUGAAUAGCCAAAAUGAUUCGUACAACCGACGUAUCUUUACCAUAAGAUAUAUCAUUUGUAAUUUUUCAAACCAAUUUACUCGUCAUUACAGCUAAAUAAGAUAAUAUAAAACAUUGCGAGAUAUAAAAAUUAAUCAAGAGCAUGAUAAUAACUGUCUUGCUCAGUUGCAAUGCAAAACUCUUAAUUAAACUGUCUUAAUGACAAAAGUGACAUUCGUCAGAUGAAUGCGAGGUGAUAUCCUGAAAUUAAGGCCAAAAAUGAAUGAUCGCAAAUGGAUAUCUGACGUCGAGAUAUCUUUGUACAUACAAUAUAUAUAUACAUAAUUUUGUGUUAUUAAAUAAACCUUCUCUCUGUUUUUCAAUAUAUAA